AUGCCUGACAGACAGCUUCGAACGCGACCCCCGCCCAAGAGGAAGGUCAGCCCGGCGGAGGGGGCGGCGAAGGACGAGCCCAAGAGGAGGUCGGCCCGCUUGUUGGCGAAGCCCGCUCCCGCCAAGGUGGAACCCAAGCCCAAAAAGCCCGCAGGAAAGGAUAAAGCUUUGGACAAGAAAGUGCAAACAAAAGGAAAAAGAGGAGCCAAGGGCAAACAGGCCAAGGUGACCAGCCAGGACACGAAAGAAGACUUGCCUGCGGAAAAUGGGGAGACCAAGAACGAGGAGAGUGCAGUCUCUGACGAAGCCGAAGAGAAGGAAUCCAAGUCUGACUAACCAUACAGCAAGUCUUACUGCUGGUCCCUGUCUCCUGUCUUGUACAAUCCAGAGGAAUAUUUUUAUCAACUAUUUUGUAAAUGCAAGUUUUUUAGUAGCUCUAGAAACAUUUUUAAAAAGGAGGGAAUCCCACCUCAUCCCAUUUUUUAAGUGUAAAUGAUUUUUUUUAAGAAGUGAAAUCAUUUGCUGGUUGUUUAUUUUUUGGUACAACCAGAAAACAGUGGGCUAUUAAAUUAUGGGAGGCCUCGGCUGUCUUCGGUCCCGGCUUAACAUAACAUUCCAUAGGUGGGGGGUUAGUUUUCUAUCCUGCAAUACAAAGCAUUAGUAAAUGGCAAUUUUGGAGUCGCAGUUGUGCAUUUCAUGUCUUGAAUAUUUGAAAUUCUAGUCCCGUGUUGUUUUCUGGUAGAACUGUUUUCCUGAAGAAAACCACUCCUUGAUCCUUCCUGUCAGAACUGUGUGC